AUGCGUGGAGUUGAUGCUGCUGGUGUUGCGGCCUGCCGCUGUACGAAGAAGAAAGGCUCACGCCUAUGCACGGCCCCGACACAACGCUGCUCAGGCGCUUCCGAAUGCCAAGUCUCGUUGCACCAACUCCUAGUCUCUACUGACACUGCAACUACUGCUUCUGUUUCUGCUGUUCAACACUGCACAAAAAUGGCGGAUAGAGACCGCUCCUCGGGUGCACCGCUGCGGCAGGCGAUGCAAGGCCAAGGUGCUUCAGCACACCCAUUGCCUCCCGCUGCACGCAGAGCGGCACAAGGAGCAAACACACCACAAGCGACAGAGACAGCUGGUCGACGGGGAGAAGAGCGCUACUUCGAAGCGGCUACUGCGCAUGCCAACGCACGCGUAGAACCGCCAUUAGCGUCUUGCACCUUGUUGAUUGGGCGUCGCUAUGUCCUCGUUGUAGGGAGCACGGACAGGCUCGUGAGGAGCCCUGAGGAUCCACUCGAUGAAAUGCACGAUUCAAUCCUAGAAAGAGACGGGAAGGGCUGGAAGCGGCUGCACUCCUUGCUGCUUAUACACAAGCAACCAGCACUGUACCAGCGACAGCACUUACAACAGCAGUGCACCCGCCGCUUGCAGCAGCAGCAUCUGCACCAAUAUUGCUUUAGCCGUCCACCGACGUGGGAGCGCAUCGGAGAGAAACUGAUGUCUACACCGGAAGCGGAUCGCUGUCUUAGACAAACGCUGCAGUGGCUACAGGAAGAGCCCGAGCAACGGUUACGUGCUGCCGGCCUUAUCGGAUUUUUACAACUCCUAUGCGGCUUCCACCUCGUCGUAGGCAUUGGCGCGAGACCGGCUGCACGAUUACUCCUUCAUCAUACGGUCUGGUCCCUGGAAGACAUAACGCUGCUGCCCCUUUUCUUUGUUGUCGACACAGCGCAGGAAGCCGCCCCGUAUUGCUGCUCUCUCCCUCCUACUCUGAGCUUGUUGCAUCACUUGUGCCACGCAUCAGGCGAGCACGAGCCGCGGCAUCGAGCGCAAGACCGUGUGUAUGAGCAACAGGUGCAGGCUCUGUCCGCAGCCCUCGCAGACGUUUCCUUCCCGUCAGGUGCAGCAGCAGCGGCAGCAGCAGCAGAGGACGCUAAAUACAGAGCGGCAGUGCUGGCCUAUCGAGCAGAUCGAUGGUUUUACUUCUGCCGAACCCUGUGCAUCAACCUGUCCUUGCAGCAGCUCGCUGCCAGAAGGGCAGCCGCGCGUGCGGCUGCUGCUGCACAGACUGCUGCGGCAGGGGCCCAGGCACCAGACAGCUCAGCGGCGGCAGCGGCGGCCACUGUUGUAGAAUUCCAUGGGCAGUUUUUGAGCUGCGAGCUGCAGCCAGACGGAUGCAGCUGCAGACGGCGCCAGUCGCACCAAGCGCAGCAAGAGCAGCCGCACGGCAGCAGCCGCUGGAGGUGGACGCCUCUGCAUCGUGAAGAGUGCCGUUUUUUGUGGAAUCGUGAGUUGUUGUCGUUGCUCUUUCAGCAGCACGCCGAGGAGUUGAUAUCUGAGGGUUUUUUUCUGCUCAUACUGCACGGCUCAGUGCAGCAACAAGUGCUGCCUACGCAGGGAGUCCAUUUGCAGCUUCUUACGAUUUGUAGGCGGUCAGCUGCGUUCGCCGGCCCCAGGUACCGUAAGAGGGGUCUCAACGAUGCAGGGGAUGCGGCAAACGAAGUCGAGGUCGAGUUCGCAUGCCAGGCGACUAUGCCCUCCCGCGCAGCCACGUUGACGGCAGCACAAGCUGUAGCACUUGCGCCGGAAGAAACAGCAGCUCUUCCUGACGGACUGUGGAGGCAGGUGCUGCUGCACGGCGGGGGUGGCUUCGAGUGUGCCAUUGCCUCCCACACGGACGUGAAUUGGAGUGCCAUUCGGAGGCACAUGGCGAGUUUGCUGCAGCGAUACGGCUCCCCGCUGCUCCUCGUGAACCUGCUGCGCAGCAGUCCGCGGAAAAGCGUUGCUGCAGCCGCUUCCCAGACUUCGCCGCGGGCCGGCGCUGCAAGUGCGUCGCUCAGGGGGGCAGAACACCCGCAGGUGCAGCAGUGGCAGACUCAGCAGCAGCCGGGAGGGCGUGCAGCCGGAGCAGCAGCAGCUGCUGCAGAAAGCUCCCCUGCCGUCCCAGUAGCCUCCUUAGAUGACUGGUACAGCGAAGAAGCUGCGGCAACAGCAACAAUUGCGGAGCAGGAGGCGCAUCUGGGGGAAGAGUAUCGCAGGGCUGUCGACGUUCUCAAUGCAGAGCUGCCUCCCUCAGUGCAGCUGCGGUUUGCUGCUGUAGACGUGGAGGCUGCGAGACGCGUGAAUCCAAGGGGGGCCUCGAAACGCGUGGAGGCACUAGCGGCGGAGACGCUCAACGACUUGCAGUUCUUUGCCUCCAACGAGUCCGCCUCGCAGCUUCCUGUGGAGCCUGCGCCCAAGGCAGCUGCAGCGUGGUGUGUGCCGCUUAAAUUGCCUUGA